UGCACCGCAAAUAAUCGCCCAGGGUGACAGUGAGUGGACUAGAAUCAGUAAGGGCAGGUGUGCCAGGAAGGAGCAUGGCGGCCAGGAGACUUCCGACUGUCACAGAGCUGUCCCGGAAGUGAUGCCUGACCGGCAUGUGCUGGGAAAGGAUCAUGCUGUUAGUGAGGACGUUGUUCUCUGUCCACUUUGGCCGCCGUAUGAGUCACGUAAGCGGCCGCCCGGGGGAUCCGCUCCUAAUGGUGGUAGGACUGGGGAACCAUGGUAUGCCCAGCACUCGGCAUAGUGUUGGCAUGGCAGCCAUUAAUCUGCUGGCACGGAGACUCAAUGUUGCUGAUCAGUGGAAAACAGACAGGCGGAUCGGCGCUGAUCUUGUCACUGCCCAGCUGGAUGGCGCACAGCUAGUGUUACUGAAACCGCGCCAGUUUAUGAAUGUCAAUGGGACAAGUGUGGCUAAUGCAGCUGGAAAGUUCCGCCUGGCACCGGAGAAUAUCUACCUCCUGCACGAUGAGCUGGACAAACCUCUGGGGAAAGUGUCUCUGAAGCUCGGAGGAAGCGCAAGGGGCCACAAAGGUGUCCGUUCCUGUAUUGAGUAUCUGAAAUCAGAUAAGAUGAUUCGGCUGUUGAUUGGUAUUGGGCGUCCGGAUGACGGUUCCUCUGUGACAACGUAUGUACUUGGGCGCUUCACAAAACCUGAACAGGAACUGCAAUCUCAAGUUCUGGAGCGGGGUGUGGAGUUGUUGCUAGCUCAUAUUAAACAGAGAACAAGGACUGACCCUACGGCCUGUACAAAGAUGGUGGAAAACAGAGGAGGAGCUUAACCAGUUGCCAUAGUAAAUGCUGAAUUCUGAUGGCGAGCAGGCAAUCGGUGGUCUAGCGCCACGUGCUGACAUCGGCUCUCGUCCGCGUUUGCACUGUUACGGUGAAAAUGGUGCACCAUGAAUAUUGCGGAGCGCACAGUUGUUUGUGGCACUCUGUUGGUGUGACUGCAAGUUAGACCGCAUAAUGGAGGACAUGUCUAGCAGUAUCUGUUAUUGUAUCUAUACUCCGCUCUACUGAAGGGUGUAAAGGAGAUGCCUGGCCCUGAAUUGCAACUGUGUGAUGUGUUUAGUCUGUCAGGCCUUGUCAGUCCACAAUUUAAGACACACCUACUAAUGGCAGAUUAUAAAAUCACUGUAUGGACAGGACCACGAGUGGUAUAGGGCCAUAUUAUACAGUAUAAAGACAUUACACUUCAGUGGUAGCUCCUACCUGGAUGGAGGAGGGGAGCUGCAGCUGGCUGUACUGCCUGCUAUGGGUUGCCUUGUCCCUGCUGCCUGCCAGGUCCAAGCAUAUCUACAAUGUAGCUGACAGGGGCUGGGACCAGCGCAUGUGCAGUAGCAGUGGCAGUACUGCGCAUACGCAAAACUCUGGCUUCUGUGGACUGCUCUGGCUGCAGCCCGUAGAUGCGAGCUAGGGCUAAAAAGGCAGGGAGUGGCCUCUAACAAGAAUUCAGCUCUCUGCUAAUCGCAGCCCGGUCUGGCAGUCCCAGAAGGGGGAAACACCUCCCAAUGGGACUGCCUGUCCUGUGGGUGACUGGCAGGUAGCACUUCCUAUUGGAAGUCACGGCCAGUCACAAUGUAGCCAGUGCAGUCUUACAGAUUGCGUCUGGCUCACUGAGGUGGCAGAUUUUACUGGGGGGACUGCAGCCCGCAUUCCAAAAGUAAAAAUCCGCCACUGCCGAGUUACUUUAGAAUACUACAUACAAAUAUUUAUUCCUCAAUAAAUAUAUGAUGAGUGAUAACUACCUCCCACUAUUCUGAUAUUAUUAGUUUACACAAGAGAUUUUGUAAUGCUGCAGAAAUUGUAUAUUGCAAUUAUAAAAUUCUGGAAAUACUAAUGCAGAACAAACGUAGCAGAGGAUAAGACCAUACAGAUCAAACAAAAUAAAUUGAUAUCCUAUUGUGAAUCAUUAUAGGAACUGGACAAAAGAUAAGGUAUAUUGGAAAUGACAGGGAAUGUAAGAGACCAUAUAAUAACAAUAAAACAGCACAGUCUGUGUAGGGGUUAGCAUUACUGCCUCACAGCAACAAGGUUAAAUUCGCAGUACUGGCAGGGUGGUUUUGCCUUUUAAAUUAUUUCAGCUUUAAAAAUACGAGCGAACUGUUGAUUUGUGCCUGUGCCUACAUCUCGCAGGCUGUUAAAUAAGGCCUAUAGGGGUUUGCGUAAUAGUGUGUGAGUUGCGUGAAGCAGAAUGUUUUUGGCUGCAGCAUUAAAGCGGCAAUAAUUAGCAAAGCAAAACCAACCAGGGUCUGCUCUUUAAAUAAUUGCCACUUUAAAUCUGCAGCUGAGAUUGACAAAAUUGCUUCUAGCAAGUCCCACUACAAAAACCCGAGGGACUGCUAGGGUAUAAUUCCACAUGAGAAAUAUUAACUAAUGAUAUCAUCAACGUGUACAAUAAAGAAUUGGGAAUAUCAUUAAAGGAUGCCCUAGAAACAUGGUCCUGAAUAAAGAUGAUUUUCCAUUUA